GCUAAGUGGACUCAUCCACUUCCCAUCAGCAGCUGACAUCAUGCAAGUGCAAGGUCGAUGUUCUAUGGAGAGAUGGCUGCUAUAAAUCAAUAAGGAGUAAACUAGGAGUCCUUCAUUAAGUUCAUUUAUUUGAAUCAUGAGAUUGAUCACUCCAAAGGGAUCGUAGAAAAUUAAUUUUCUGCUCUCCCGAGUAUGAAAAUUUAACCCACCACCUUCUCUAAGGUGUCUACCAAGGAUGGUAACAGGUAAACUCCUUAUUUUGCUCACUAUUGCCAUUUUCCAAAGUAGCAGCCAACAGAUCUGUCCGACCAGAUGUGACUGUGAUUAUAAAUAUCAUGUAACAGUGAACUGUUCUAACAGGGGAUUAUUAACAGUACCACCAUAUCUACCACAAAAUGUCUCGGUUCUACUUCUCAAAGGAAACAGCCUCACUGACCUUGGAAGGCUACCCCUUCUACCAAGUCUACAAGUGCUGGAUGUUAGUGACAAUGACAUCAUGGACACGAUCAGUGGCUUCACUUCCCUGCCAAAUCUGCUAGAGCUAAACUUACAUGGCAACAAAUUAACAGAUUGUCCAGACUUUCACAAUUCUGUAUUAACUUGGCUAGAUAUCUCAGGAAAUAGCAUACAGGGUCUCGAUGCCAGUCUCUUUCAUUUAUCCAACUUAACUUACUUGAAUGUAAGCAACAAUCCUUUGCAAAAUGUUUCCAACCAAGUUUUUGAAUAUUUAACAGACUUACAGAUACUUGAUUUGAGUAACACUUCAGCACCUUGGAACAGCCAACUCUCACUGGAAAGUCUCUCAAAGCUAAAGAAAGUCUACCUUGAAAGAAACUCAUUUAAAAGGUGUUUCGAUAUUAAAAUGUCGAUUAAUUCUAGUCAGCUAGAAAUAAUAGAUCUCAGUGAAAAUAAUAUUGCCUCUCUGGAAAACUGUACAUUCCGCAAAUUGCCAAAUUUGAAAGAGCUUUACUUGGAUGGAAAUAACAUUAGUGAUCUAUCUGAGAAAAGUUUACAAUCAUUGCCAAGGUUACAUGUGCUUUCACUAAAUAAAAACAAUAUAGCAACAAUUCAAGACCCUGUCUUUCACUCCUUGCCUCAUUUACAUACAUUAUCUUUAAGCAAUAUGCCCCACUUGUACUAUCUGAGUAAGAGGGCCUUCAGUGGACUCCAGGAUCUACAGAAUUUAGAGUUGAAGAAUAACCCACACCUAUCAUACAUCUCUGAGGAACUUUUCAGUGGCAUGAAAAGCUUGGUGAGUCUUAACCUGAGUCAGAACAACAUAUCAACCCUUGCCGAACCUGCAUUCCCACCAAUGCCAAACACCCUUACUGUAGAUAUCUCUGGCAACUCACUGGUCUGCGAUUGCCACAUCGAAUGGAUAAGUAAAAUACUAAAGGCCAAUGACUCUUCUAUCACUUUUUCUAAUUCAAAUGACUUGUCAUGUACUCUAAAUGGAUCAAGUGUCUCCCACCCUUUAAUACUACAGGAUAGCCUCUAUUGUCCAGAAACAAGUCUACAACAUGUUCACUCGAGAGUGGAUUUUCCCAUUGGAUCUUCAGCAAGGUUAGUUUGCCCUUAUCAAGGAGAUCCUCCACCUAAAAUAACCUGGAUCACCCCAAGAAAUGUUCAGCUCUUAUUCUACAACACCCAUACACUGGCCAAGUGGAAUUAUCCAUCUAUAACUGAUGUACAACAGAACGGAUCAUUUCAUGAAAACCACUACUGGCACUACACAAAUGAAUAUUUUUCGGAACUUGAAGAUCACCCUGACAGAGUUGUUGUCCUUGAGGAUGGCUCCCUAUACAUUGACUAUGUCUUGCGCAUUGAUUCAGGUCCUUAUAAGUGCAUUGUAGAGUCACCCCAGAACAAAAGCACAUCACAAAUUCUACUUAGGCUAGAUUAUCAAGUGCUCAUGGAAGUUAAAGUUUUUAGUUUAUUUGUUGGACUAGGUUGUUCUGCCUCAUUCUUCAUGCUCAACUUAAUUUAUGUGUUUAUAGCCGCUGCAGCAAGAAAAUGCAUCAGUCAACGCAGAAGGGAGGCCAUAAUGCAGUUUCUUGAGAAUUUCGACCAAUACAAGACAAACAAACUUUCAUCUCUACGUGACAACUACUAUGGUCAAGUUGCAAGGAUACGAGAAACAUAUCAUAAUCGCAUGACUAAACUUCGCGAAAAUUACAAUACUCAAAUGACCAGAUUUCGUGAAGGAGCAUCUCACAUCAGAGAGGGAACAACACAUCGAGUGGACAUUAUACGAGACAAAUAUCAGAUCAAGCAACGUAAACUCCGUGAAUACAGCUCUCAACAACUGCACCAAUUACGUGAUACCUACAACACUCAGUUACUAAAGGUGCGAGAAUAUGGGUCUCUCCGAUUGAGUAAACUGCAUAAGAAGUACAAACUUAAACAAAAACACAUGAUCAACCUGUUGGACACAUUGAACAUUGAUAAUUGUCGAACAAUCAUUGACAGUGAAUGUGUAAGGACUGAGUCUAUGUUGUUCGAGCCUGAAGAUAUUCUCUGCACUCCCGAGUCCAGGUCAAUAAGUUCCGGCGAGUAUGUCACUGCUAGUUCAAACAAUACAUCCACUCAUGCUAGUCAAGAAACCUUACAUGGUUCUGAUCCCAGUGAUGAGCAUAUGAACACAGAAAACAGGGGCUUUGUUGUCCAUGAUGCCAUUGCCAGUGAUACUCAAGAUGGGCUCUCAAUAACAAUGCCUGUAGCUGAAGAGGAGUCUCGAGAGAGUGUCUCAAUAACAAUGUCGCUCACUAAUUCAAGUGAAGGACUCUCAUUAAUAAUGCCCACAGUUGAUUCAGGCCAGACUUUUCAUCACAGUCAAGUUACAAUUCAACUUGGUGCUGAUAUUGAUAUUGAUGAAGAAAGUCAAGAUUUAGCUCAAAGUUCAGUGUAAAGUCAAUGACUGAUGUGUGUGUUUUUCUCUACAAAGUAUCAAAAUAUGUUUUUUCUUUAAAAUCAUCGUAAUUUUAUUUGCCAUUCACCUCAUUAGCCCACAUGUGAAAAUCUUCCUGAUUAUCAGAAAAAUAUACUAUAAAUAAAAUAUAUCAGAACUUUUGACUAUUGAACUUGGAGCUGAAUUUCUGAGAUCUUAUUUGAGUAAAUAUAUGUAUUCAUUAUAACCCAUUGUUUUUAUUACACCUGUUCACACAUGAAAUCAAAUACUAAGAAUUCUUCUAGUCGGAUCUGGAGUGUUUGUGGAUCAUAAAUCACCCUAUUUUUGUUGUAGUCAGAGAAAUAAAAUAUAUGUAUAAAAAAAAAUUAAGUAUUUGUCAAUAAAUACUCAAGAUUA